AAACUCUUCACAUUCAAGCCAAUCUUUUAUUUAUUUAUUUCUUUCUUUUUUCAAUAAAAGUUGAACCAAUGAAGUUAAGAUAGUAAUUAAUGUGUUUUUAUCCACUAACUACGCUUAGAUUGACUAAUCAAAAGUUUCAAAUAUUUAUAUAUUAUUAGAAAUGAAUUGAUUAUAAUUUGAUAGGGUUUAAAGAAGAGAAGAGUAGUAACAAGUAAAUGGGUUUGGUCCUUGUUUCGUAAGAUUAGUGGAGCAGAAAAAAAUAAUUGAAGAAACCCCCUCUCUUCUCUUCUCUUCUCUUCUACUCAGUAUAUAUAUAACAAAAAAUCUCUCCUCCAUUUCCACCUCAACUCCUCAUUUUUUGCUUCUUCAUUUUCUCCUCUUCAAUCUUACACUGCAAGAAAAGAAGCAAAUUGAAGUGAGAAUUAUGGAAAAAACAGCCGAUUUGUCUCGUUGUGGUUUCAUGAGAGGGGUUUUCCAGCGACGGUGUAAAUGGUUGAAGAAAUCCUCUGUACAUUCAUUACCCACAAACACAACCGAAAAUCUCAACUUAAAACAACCUAAAUUUGAUAACCCAACAACGCAAUAUCGGAUCUCUGAAGCACCAACAGCCAGAAAUUCUGCAGAACAAGAUCAAAAGAACUUCAAGAAACUCACUUUAUCUGACCAGCCAAGACCUUCAAUUUCUCAACAAAAGAUUCAAAGUAGAAGGCCUUCUGACGCUGCAAGAAGCUCCACAUCAUCUUCCAAUGGCUCUGCUUUGAGCAGACCCAUGAACGAACCCAAACCCCACAUUCGAAUUUCUUUAAGCAAUGGUGUGGUUUUGGGUAAUUUGAAGCAAAUUGGAAGUGGCAAUUUGUCGGCAAACAACAGUCCAAGGCUUAUUAAAGAAAUGAACUCGAGUCCAAAACUUGGAGGAAGUAGAAAUAGUACAGGUAGUAACAACAUGGGGAACAUUAUUCGGAGAAAUUCAUCUGAAUUUCGACAAAUUCGAGAUAGAUUAGAGCCAGAUGUUUUGAAAUCCAUGGGAAAUGAAGCUUAUAAAAAGGGAAACUAUGAAGAGGCAUUGACUUUUUAUGACAGAGCAAUAGAUUUGGAUUCAGAGAAUGCUGUUUAUUAUAGCAACAAAGCUGCUGCUCUGAUUGCCUUAGAUCGUUUGAUGGAAGGCAUUGAAGAAUGCACAAAAGCAUUAAAGUUUCAACCUUCUUAUCAAAGAGCUCAUCAUCGUUUAGCCACUACCUAUCUCAGAAUUGGAGAGCCUGAGAAAGCUUUGGAUCACAUGGAAAAAUCUGGUCCUUACAGCGAUAUAAAUGACAUUAACAAAGCUCGAAUUCUUCGGAAUUGCCUGAAUAAGUGUAAUGAAGCAAGAAAGUUACAAGAAUGGGAGAUUCUGUUGAAGGAAACCCAAUAUGCAAUUUCAUCUGUUUCUAAUUCAGCUUAUAAACUCUAUGCCUUUCAAGCUGAGGCCUUAUUGAAACUCCAUAGACAUCAAGAGGCAUAUUGUAUUUACCAAAAGGGUCGAACCCUAAGAACUAACUCUCUAAUUAAAUCCUUUAGUUUAUCUGAUAGUGCUCUUCUUUUAUCCAUCGAGGCACAAGUUUACAUGACGAUUGGCAGAUUUGAGGAAGCAGUAGCAGCAGCAGAACAAUCAACACAGCUUGAUCCAACCAACAAGGAAGGAAUUAGAGUUGCAAAAUGGGCUAAACUUGUUUCAUCAGCUCGAUUGAGCGGCAAUUUACUUUUCAAGGAAUCAAAAUUCUCUGAAGCUUGUAUUGCAUAUAGUGAAGGACUAGAAAACGACCCGUAUAACUCGAUUUUGUUAUGCAAUCGAGCCGCUUGCCGAUCGAAGCUCGGUCAGUAUGAGAAAGCCGUUGAAGAUUGUACUGCUGCACUUCAUGCACAACCAUCUUACAGCAAAGCUAGACUGCGCAGGGCUGAUUGCAAUGCUAAAAUGGAAAGAUGGGAGGCUUCAAUUCAAGAUUAUGAGGUCUUGAUAAGAGAAACACCAGGAAAUGAAGAAGUAGGGAGGGCUUUGUUUGAAGCACAGAUUCAACUCAGAAAGCAACAUGGUGAAGAUGUAAAAGACUUGAAAUUUGGGUCUAAUUUGGUGUCAAUUUCUAGCUAUGAGCAUUUUAGACACCUUGUUACUUCUCCUGGGAUGUCUGUGGUUCUGUUCUUCAACAAAGGCAACAAAAAACAGGGGAUUGAAGUGUUUGAGCAGGUUUACAAGAGGUUUCCAUCGGUCAACUUUCUCAAGGUGGAGAUAGAAGACCAUCCUUAUUUGGCAAAGUUGGAGAAUGUGAGCUCAAUUCCAAGUUUUAAAAUAUAUAGAAAUGGAACAAUAGUGAAGGAGAUUCCAGCUUCUAAACCCCAUUCUUUAGAAAGUUUAGUGAAGUUGUACAGCAGUUAAAUUGGAGACUGGGCUACGCUUGUUCAUUCUCCAUUGGGCUUUACACAACCUAUAGACCCUUUAUUGAUUUUUUUUUGCUUCUUUCUUUUGUUCAUAUGUACAUAUGAAUGAUGAAAUUGGAGGUAGGAGUGUGAUUUGAUCUUAAUUUUUUUGCUUCUUCUUCUUUAGUGAAUAUUAUGUUGGGCAUUUUUACCAUCAUUGGUAAUUUUAUUUGUCUGAGUGGUUUGAGUAGUGUGAUAUUCUCCUUGAAGAUAUCAAGGAAUUGAUUGUAUUAAAUUAACCAUUGAAUUUUUCUAAAAUUUUGUAUUGUUGAUCUUGAA